AAACAUCGAACCAUAUUUACUGAAAACCUAUGUGCUAUUCACAUGUAUAAGAAAAAAAUAGUCUUUAUUAAACCCAUCUAUGUGGGAAUGAGCAUAUUAGAUCUUUCGAAGCAUUUGAUGUAUGAUUUUCAUUAUAAUGUGAUGAAACCUAAAUACAGAGAUAACAUAAAACUGUUAUCUCAGGAUACGGACAAUUAUAUAUAUGAUAUAAAAAUAGAUGAUAUUUAUCAAGAUAUGAAAAGAAUGAUCGAUUACUUUGAUACAUCCGAUUAUCCCGAGAAUAAUCAAUAUGGUAUACCGAGAGUUAAUAAGAAGGAGUUAGGUAAAAUGGAGGAUGAAAAUAAUGGAAAAAUAAUGAGAGAAUUUGUUGGUUUAAGAGCAAAAAUGUAUGCCUUAAAAGUAGAAGAUCAGGUUACAAAGAAAUCAAAAGGAGUAAAGAAAUGUGUUGUUAAAAAUAGGAUAUCAUUUGAUGAUUAUAAAGACUGUUUGUUUAAUAAAACAGAGCAUUCCCGAACAAUGAAUCUAAUUAGAAACAAGAAACAUCAACUUUAUUCAAUAAAAGUAAACAAGAAAAUGUUCUCACCACAUGAUGAUAAGAGAUAUAUAUAUUGA